CGCGAGAUUGUCAAAUGAGACGUCGCUUUCUACCUGAGGCGGAACGGUGUCGGAGGGACGCUGCAGAAGCCAGGAGAUGUCUCUUAACGAUGAGGGGUUCGUCGUGCGAAUUCGGGGCCUUCCUUGGUCCUGUACACAGGAGGAAGUGGCUGAGUUUUUCUCAGACUGUGACAUAGUUGGGGGCGUAAGUGGAGUGUGCUUCACCUUUUCUAAAGAAGGACGGCCCAGUGGAGAGGCUUUUAUUGAACUGAAAACUGCAGAAGACUUCAAAAAUGCCAUCGCCAAGGAUCGUAAAUACAUGGGCCAUCGCUACAUUGAAGUGUUCAAGUCAAACCGCAGCGAGAUGGACUGGGUACUGAAACGCUGUGGCCCUACUGACUACGACAGCAGCAGUGGGUGUAUGCUGCGGCUGCGAGGGCUGCCCUUCGGCUGCAGCAAGGAAGAGAUCGUCCAGUUCUUUGCAGGGUUGAAAAUCGUGCCAAAUGGGAUAACAUUGCCGAUGGACUUCCAGGGGAGGAGUACGGGGGAAGCCUUCGUGCAGUUUGCCUCAAAGGAGAUAGCAGAAAAAGCUCUUGGGAAACACAAGGAAAGAAUAGGGCACAGGUACAUAGAGAUCUUCAAAAGCAGUAGAAAUGAAAUUCGGGCUUAUUAUGAGCUGCCACGGAGGAUGAUGGGACAGCGGCCAGGGCCGUAUGACAGGCCCUUGAUGGGCCGCGGAGGGUUUUUUGGUCCUGGACCAGGAAGAGGGGGCAGCGUUUUGGAUCAGAUGCGCAGUGGAGGGGGCUACAGUGGUGGCUACGGGGGAUUUGACAAUUACAACGGCUUUAAUAACUACUGUUUUGGCAACGGCAUGUUUGAGGACAGAGUCAGAGGCGACCGAGCCAGAGGGAUGGGUGGACACGGCUACAGUAGUGGGGAUGCUGGCUCCGGCUUCCACAGCGGACACUUUGUGCACAUGAGGGGCCUUCCUUUCCGAGCGACCGAGGCAGACGUUGCCAGCUUCUUCGCACCACUGAGCCCUGUACGAGUGCACAUUGACGUCGGGCCCAACGGGAAAUCCACAGGCGAGGCCGAUGUGGAGUUCGGCUCUCAUGAAGACGCAGUGGCCGCCAUGUCAAAGGACAAAAAUCACAUGCAGCACCGAUACAUUGAACUGUUUUUGAACUCUACAGCCAGUGGAGGGUCUGAAAUGGGUCGUGGUGGUGGUGGUAGUUUCUACGGCAGCUCUGGAGGCAUGGGUUCAAGAGGAGGUGGGCUGAGGGGGAUGUUUUAAAGAUGCCAUUUUGAAAUGACAAAAGCUCAUCACUUUCAUCCAAAGUUGGAAGACUUUUGUAUUUGGGAAUGUUUUUCACAUGAUCAAAAAUUGUAUUUAGAAUAUUUCCUGUUCUCACUGUGGAAAUAUAUUUCAGAUGUUACAUAGGUUAAUCAGUUAUUGUACAUUUUGCUCAUUAAAUUUUAUAUAAAAUCUUCUCCUGUGGUCUUUCACUAAAAGUCAGGUCAGCAGAGUUUUAACCUAACAGGCCAGGAUGUCCCAGAAGAAAUAAAUCUCCACUGUUCUCUAGUCUAUCUUCCAAGUAAACAUUGGUGUGGAAUUUAAAGCAAUGCCUGAAUUUCCUUGUGUUAGACUUUUGACUGUUGGUACUACAGGAAAUUAAGCUUACAGUGCAGCAAAAGAACCUCAUACACAGACCAUUUUUUACAGGGACUAACUUUUCCCUUAAAUAGGUCACCUGGAGCUCUGGGUGUAGUGAUGAACAGCAAAUAUGUCCCCUCCCUGCUCACUCAUUCUAUUACAAGUCAGCCAGUGCAACAAGCCAUCUGAGCUAGAACCACCAGUACUUAAAAGUUCUGCUAUCAAACAGGAAGAAAUACAAGCAGCACAAUUACUGCAGUUCUUCCAAAGCCACUGGUUUCCAGAAGGCUACUAUUCAAUGUGUCCACAAGGAGUAAAGACCUACCUGACAGCAACACUUUGUUUUGUCAAGACAGUAGUAGCCAAGGAGGAAGUUGGUAAGCGGACAGGUAAAGAGACAACCCCAAACUCUGCUUUGGGACAAGGUAGGAAGGAGCAAUUAUGCCUUGUAAAGAUUUUUGAGGUCUAGAAAAUGUUAACGCUGCAAUAAUAAAUGGUUACUUUUAAAAAAAAAAAAAAUCCAUAGCAGCUGGCCUUACAUGGACCCAAUACGGAUAUAGGAACAAACAACUACCACCCAACCAAAUCAUUCCUGUAUCAGACAAAGAACAAAACCGUAUGCCAGAAAAUUUUUUUAGUACAUACUCAUCCGAAAAAUUUGGCACAAAUUU